ACUUCGUCGACGCUUGUCCAUCACUACUCUACCUCUACUCGACUACGCAUGCUCCGAUGGCGUUCUGAGGCGGCUAUGCCUCGCAGGGGGCGAUUGCGACUGCGAUUUCUGCUCUCUGCUGUCCUGGUGCUCGUCCUCCUCGCGCCCCUCGUUCUGGCACAGGACCGAGUUGAGACCGACAUCAACACCAACACCUGGACUGUGCCAACGUCCGCCGCCUCGUCCGCAUCUGCUACCUCCCUUCGCUCAUCUGCGACCUCCCUCCCACGAUCCUCCUCCUCCUCUUCGUAUCGUGCUACAUCCACCUCCUCCACAACCACCCGAUCAGCACAUGAGGUGGCGCCAACGGUGCUGCUUACCGACCCAGGUCUGACGUACAACUUCACGCUGAACAGAACUGCACCGGCUUUCCUUGCACGCUUUGCGAACAACAUAACAGAUCGUGCGCUUGGAGUCAUUCUCAAUAUCGGGCAACUGGGAGCGAACGACUCCGAGCCACUUCCCAAGGUCAUCGUCACCACCGAGGAGAACUACCUGCCUCGCGACGGGCGGCGAUCGCGCACGUCCGGCGGCAGCGCACGCACGGGCUACAACAUUGGCCAGGACAAUUCAUGGCAGAUCGUGUGGGAUAACGGCUUCGGGAACUGGACGUACGGCGUUGAUCGCUCGUGGAACGUCGCAAGGUACAGCGCUGUCGCGCCUGCUAUCCUCAUCGGGCGCGGGAUCAACGACGACAUUGUCCUCGAUCCCACCCUCGUCGGUGCAGGCAACGUCACCGUCUACCUCGGGUACACUGUGCUGGACACGCCGCCCGGUGAGCACUUCGACUACACCAAGGUCGGGGGCAUCGAUGCCACCCACCCGUACUUCGGUGACUCGAGCGCCACGGAAGCGCUCGUCUUUUCGCCUCUUCGCCUGGUGGACAAACCACCAGAACCCACAUACCCGAACUACACACUUCCCGGCGCCGAGCUCCCGCUCCCCGACUUCCAAGCAAUCUUGAAUGGCAGCGAGUCGACACGAAAUAACACGUUCCUGUUUGGCGGGCGCGCCCAAGCGGUGACAUUCGUCGUGCUCCCCACAUCGUCGACACCGUCGGCGCUGAGUAAUAGUGCGGCCGCGAUUCAAGAGCAGGUUGAAAGACUGCCUUCGGAGGACAUGCCCACUUUGAAUGUGAAUGGCAGCGCCUGGACGACGGUGGGCGGCACGGCAGGUUUCCGUGACUACGCCGUCUUUGGCAACCUCAAGCCCAGCACCAACUACACAGUGUGGGCUGUUGGCGCGGACGGGAUCACAAUGUCCCAGCCGGCAUGGUUCACAACAAAACAGGCGAGCUUCAACUGCCCUCUCCUCCUCCCUACCUCAAUGUGUCCCGGCGUUGCGUACGCGUCGCCUCUCUCCGACAACCCCGCCACUCUGACUUCCGUUCCGCAGCCGUACGCAGACUUCAUCGCUGCGAGCCUCCGAGCAUUUGAAGUGUCUGUGCUCUCCGGCGCCUGUGGGCGGGAUCGGUACUCGUUCAUCUCGAGCUGCGCAGACUGUUACGCCGCGUACCGCGAAUGGUUGUGCCGCCUCGUGCUCCCGCAGUGCGCGGGAGACGAAGUGCCAUUUGUGGACGUCGACCCGCGCGGCCCGCAAGCGCCGUUCCGCCUCGAUCGCACACUUGAGACGCCGCGCAACAGCAACCUCUCGAGUGAGACGGGUCCACCAACCUACCCAAUCGACUACGUCGAGCUCAUGCCGUGCAUCAACACGUGCACGCGCGUGGACCAACGCUGCCCGUCCUCGCUGCAGUGGAACUGCCCCCGACGACAUUUCAACGCCAAUGAGAGCUACGCUUACGUGUCUGACAGUAACAACCGCGGCGACGGGUCGGCCCACACCGGCUGGGCCGCGACUGAUGUGUAUGGUAAUAGGUGGUGCAACGGCCUUUAGACAUAGACUUUGUAGUAUAGCAUGUAUCAUACUUCUAGCGG